AGCGAGGAACUGAGCUGUUCACGCAAAACUUGGUCAAUGACGUCAUCCGCUGAGGUUGUCUGUGCUGCAAUAUGUAUGCUGCUGCUGCCGCUGUGCUCGCCCGCCACAACCAUCCCCUCCUUCCUGACUCAGCAUACUCAUCCCUACCGCAGGCGGCCGCAGCGGCUCCGAUCUUCCUCUCUGCACAUGAAGUAUGGCGAGCCGUGGCAAUGGAGCUCGCCAACGCCGACCGCAGCAUCAGCAGGUGUCGUGGCUCAGCUCAAGACCGCCUUGGAGUCGUCAGUGGACAGUGCGCGGGGUGCCCUUUCCUCUCUCGGUGACAGCUGGAACGCUCUGGUGUCGUCAGCAGUACCCAAGAUGACAGGUGCGUCGGGCGGUGGAGCGGUCGACCUUAUCAAAGCGGAGGAGGCUCUGAAGCAGAAGAUAGCCGCUUCGAUGGAUCUUGACCCCUCCACCGUCCAGAUCGACCCCUCGUCGCCGUUCAUCACUGUGCGAGAGCAGCUGGUGGACCUUCUAUCCAACAUCCCGCCCGAGCUCAACAUCGACACGAGCGGCUUUCGGGAGACGACGCUGGCAACGCUGGACUUCUACAACUGGCUGUGGUCGGUCUACCCCAUCCCCAACAAGGCCGAGAUCAAGAACGCCCUCGUCUUCCUCGCGCAAGCCGACGCGGCAGCCGUGGCGCUCGAUCUCGUCUUGGGCGGCAUCUUUGUCUACAGCCUGACCAAGGGCUUCGGCAAAGGCAAGUUGUCGGCCGACGACGGCCCGCCGCCCAGAUACAACAUAACCGACUACGAGCGCUUCUUUGCGCAGAGGCGCGAUGUGGUGACCGACAGAGUGACGGAACUUCUGUGGCGGGGUGGUGGCUUGGCUUGGAAGAUCUGGCGGGACACCAAGGGCAGGGACUACGAGACGAACGAGCCCAAGCGGGCGCAGGAGCUCCGUGAGCUCAUCACCGACCUCGGCCCUGCCUUCAUCAAGAUCGGGCAGGGUGUGUCGGUCAGGCCCGACCUACUGUCCGAGACCUAUCUAAGAGAGCUGCAGAAGCUACAAGACCGCGUGCCUCCAUUUGGUGCCGAUGAGGCCAAGCAGGUCCUCUUGAAGGAGCUGCAGGCAGCCGGCGGCAGCCCUGAUCAGACACUGGAGGACUACUUCGAGGACGUUUCGGUGUUCGAUGAGCCGGUUGCGGCGGCGUCGCUCGGUCAGGUGUACAAGGCCAAGUGGAAGCGGACGGGCAAGACCGUGGCUGUCAAGAUCCAGCGGCCUGACCUGCUGGCCAAGUGCUCACUCGACUUGUUCGUUAUACGGAAGGCACUGAGUCUUGGGGCGGCGGCGAGCUUCCUGCCCAAGCGGACACGCGACAGCUGCCGAUCCUUUGGAAAGGUCAUCGACAACGCUGGCGCGAGAUUCAUCGGUAGGUACUCCACACAGACGGUCACACACACACAGACGGGUUGCAGGGCGAUGAUGACAUGGCCUCUGUCUCUCUGUCUGUGGUUGGUUCAUUCAUUCAGAGGAGCUGGAUUACAUGAAGGAGGCGGCGAACCAGCGUCGUUUCAAGGAGGAGGUGGAGGCCAACGCCCUGCUGGACGGGUCCAUCGUGGUGCCGGGUGUGGUCAAGGCCUCCCAGUUCGUGCUGGUGACCGAGUGGAUCGACGGCCAGAAGCUGACGGACCUCUCCAUCAAGGAAGACGACACACCGGCCACCAAGGCUGACAAGGAGGUGGUGCUCGAGAAGGUUGUCAAGAGCCUGCUCAACUGCUACUUGGUCCAGCUGCUAGAGACGGGAUGGCUUCACGCUGACCCGGUGAGCGCAGGGAGUGGAGGGGAAGAGAGGGAGGGGGAGGGAGAGACGGAAAUAUGGAUGGAUGGAUGGAUGGUGCUUCCCCUGUGUCGUUGUCAGCAUCCGGGGAAUUUUCUAAGAACUGCGGAUGGUCGAUUGUGCGUUCUGGACUUCGGCCUCAUGACGGAGAUAAAGCCUGACCAAAGGGUAAUGACCCACCGACACACUCAGACAUAUCCCGGCAUUUGUGUCGACAGCAUCUCACAGAGCAUACCAUGCAUCCUCGGCUAUCUCUCGUCAUGUCUGUCCUGACAGGUGGCUUUGGUCGAGUACGUGGCGCAUCUGUCCGCCAGGGACUACGACAAGGCGCUGAACGACCUGAUCACUCUGGGCUUCAUCCCGCCAGAGAUCGGCGCCGACCCCGAGAAGCGCGCCAUCGUCGUGCCCCUCCUGUGAGUAACCAGCACACAGGCCACACAACCGGACACAUGUUCUGUCUUGAUCAUGUGGCGUGCCUGCUGUCAGGUCGAAUGUGCUUGGCCAGCUGGCCAAUGGCGGUGGCGCUUCGGGCAUCAAUGUGGAGUCUGUGGGGCGAGACGUGGAGGAGCUGUCCAAGCAAUACCCCAUCUCCAUCCCUUCCUACUUCGGCCUGAUUGUCCGUGCAUUCGGCACACUCGAGGGGCUCGGGCUGGGCCUCGACAAGCAGUUCUCCAUCCUUUCGGUAAGUCGGUCUGUGGGUGGUCGGAGGGCCUGAGCGUGAUUAUGUGACCUGUGUGUGUGUGUGUGUGUGAAUCCACCACAGGAGUGUCUGCCAUAUUUGGCCAAGCGCUUGCUCACCGACGACUCGCCACGAGUACGGGAGGCUCUCAGGUCCUUCCUAUACGGCAAACAGAACUACCUCGACCCGGAGCGCGUCAACCAAAUCCUCCAGGUACACACACACACACACACACGCACACACGCACACACACACACACACGCACACACACCGACCCCCCCACCCUCAAAACCCAAUGCUUGUGUCCGUCCAUCGAUCCAUCAGGGGUACACGUCAUUCACGCUCGACGUCACCGAUCCGUCGACCUUCCUGGGUGCGGGUCUGAGCGAGGAGCAGCAGGAGCAGGUCCUCACCGCCACCGGACAGCGCGCCAGGCCUCCCCCAGGCAGCCCGCAAGCACGGGCAUCCGAGACACUCGCCAACAGACUCGCCGCAUUCCAGGUCAGUGAGUGAAUGGCUGGGCCUGUGAGUGAUGAGGGAGGCACAUUCAUGUCACUGUCUCGUGGCUCAGGUCGAUGAGACGACGAAGGAGCUUUUGGAGAUCCUUCUGGCGCCCGAGGGGAACUUUGUGCAGGAUUUGGUGCUCGACGAGGCCGUGAGGCUGACAGACGCCGUCACACGGACCACCGCUGGCGGGGCGGCCAGGGCUGUCCGGUCGGCCACUGACUCCAUCCAGCAGCAGUUCACAAGUGAGUGAACGAGACAGGGGUCGCCUCAGUCAAUACGCAAGCAACACUCAUGCUGUGCCUUGCUUGUGUGUUGAUGCGUUCGUUCAUUGCAUCAGACCUGAGCCCCGCAGCGCUCUUCCUGCUGCCCAUCCUGCCGCAGGCCACCGUGGCCAACGCCAUCUCACGCUCUGUGGAGGAGCUCAACCAGCCCACAGAAGAAGACGCCAAAACCAUCCAAACCGCACAGCAAGUCCUGCGGGCCAUCGCACCCAACGCCCUCACCACCUCCCUGAGACGGCAGCUGGCGCCAACGGCACUGAGGAACUUCCAGCCAGCAGAAGACGACGACCGACGGCGGGCAGACGGCAGGAAUCGGCGGCCGACGUUCGUGCAGACGCUCGAGAGGGCGCGCGAGAGAAGGAGGGAGAGGCGGCGGUUGGCUUUGGCGCAGCUGAAUGCGCUGCAGGAGGUGUCGAGGGUGCUGAAUGACCUCUCGCCGGGCAUCACGACCGUUGUUGACAAGUUUGCGCGGAAGCUGACACGGAGGGUGCUGCAGCGGCUCGCCAACGAUCUGCUGGCGGGGAAGGAGGAGGGCAAGAGGUGACGAUGGAUGGAUGUAGAGUGGAUCCGCGUGGUUGCGUCGAUGACUUUGUCGGUGUGUAUAGAACAGAGACAGCGGGAUCCACCCCGCUGAUGGAUGGAUGGAGCGGCCUCAUUGAGUUUCUGUCAGUCAAUGUAGCGCUAACCCCCCUCGCCCCCCUCGCCAGUGUACAGCCCCCUGAUGCAUGGCAUCCAGUUUUGACGGAUCUUUCUCUCUGUGCAUGUGUAUGUGUGUGUGUGUUGUGUCUGCCACCCGACGUUUUGUCUUUUUUGUCCCGUCGUCCAUGUGGACGGAUGGCUGCCUCAGUGCCCGUCCGUGUGUGCAUACGAUGCGACUUUCGACGACCGAUUUUUCCUUCAUAUGUGUGCGGCGUGCGUGAUGUGUGCGUUCUGCAAAGCAGUGUUGUGUGUGUGUUGUGUGCGUUGUGUAUGUGUGUCUGACUCGCUCGUCUUUGAAUGCAGCGAGCGGACCAAGUCAGUCAGUGUCUGCGUGCGUUGACACGUACGUCAAUGUGUGUGUGUCUACCAACCAACCGCUCAUACG